ACUCGUGAGUUUCGUCCACGUGUGCUGUUUCCUGUGGGCCUUGUUCUCGCUCUCUCAGAACGUGGGCAUGCCCCACUCCCUCCGCAGGGAGAGCGAGAACACCUACGGCGGCCGCUGGAAAUACCUGACCUUCAUCAACCAGAUUCUACAAACUCUGUUGUUUGGAAUAUGUUCCAUAGUUGACUUUGCUCGUAUGUUCAUCCCUGCCAAAAAGAACAGUGUGUCUUCCAGACUGUUGUCUCUGAGAGACUUAAUCUUCUCGAUACUAGUAUUCCCUGUUGGCUUAUUUGUAGCUGUUACUUUUUGGACUCUUUAUGCAUAUGACAGAGAAUUAGUGUAUCCUAAAGAGCUGGAUGAGAUUAAUCCUUCUUGGCUUAAUCAUACUAUGCAUACCACUAUACUGCCACUACUGUUUAUUGAGCUGAUUACUUGUCCGCAUAGAUAUCUUUCCAAAUUGAAGGGAAUGGUAGGACUUAGCAUCUUUGGUACUUCAUACCUCACAUGGGUACUAUGGGUAAAUUAUGCAUCAGGUAUUUGGGCAUACCCAAUUCUAGAAGUACUAGGCAUACCUGGAAAGGUGAUACUUUUUAGCAUUUCCUACCUUGUAAUGGUAGGAUUCUACUUACUUGGAGAGCAUCUAACAAACUACUUAUGGGGUGACUUUCAAAAAUAUAAGAAGAAAGCAUAGAGAGGAAGCUGAAAAAUAGGUCUCAAAAAGUGCAAGUUCAUUUAUAAACAUACUGCAUUUUUAAAUCGAGAUGCCAACUUAACACUGUUUUGAAAAAUGCUCAGACAUCUGUCAAAUACGUUAUUCAAAGCAAUAAAAAAUGUUCUGUACCAAUAAUUGUAAUCAAGCAAUCUAUAAGGAAAACAAGCUGAUUUAUAAUCAAGAUUUUAAUGGUUCUAACAAACUCUCAUUCCAGUUACAUAAGGAAAAAAAUGGUUUACAUAUAUAUUCUGGCCUGUAGCUCUGUAUGUAUAUAUGCACAUAGGUUUUCAGGUCACGAGAAUGCUUGGCAUUUUUUACCCAAGAGGAUAUAGUUUUGGUUAACCUUAGGGUUUCAGUGGUCAAAGAAACUAACAUUUUCUCACAGCGUCAGUUCAAGGAAAUAUUAUGCCUAAAUGUGACUACAUGAUUUCCAACAUUUGUUAGUACAGUUCUGUAUCUACUAUAUAUUUGAGAGAGUGAGUCUGUCAGUUCAAGA